CCAAGCUAAAAUCGUGAAGAUAAUAACACGACUUGCACCAAACUAGAAAACACAGGCUAAAAAUGCAGCUGAAAAUGUGGUUCGGGGAAAGAACAUCGGCAAUUUUCCAUUCUCAGAUAGAUAAUGGCUUUGGAUGCGCUUGCAACAGUCACUACCACGCCGCCGCCGGUCUGGGUUUUACGGCUGAUUUAUUGGGUGUUAAUCCGCUUUUACAGUGCAGCUGGAAGUCUGCUGUUAGAGGAGGUAAGCGUCUGGUUUUCUCAUCGGGUACUUCAUUCACUCCCGGUUCUAUGGUAAAUUCCCGUGGGCUCGGGCCGGUGAGGGCUUUUUUCCCCAAUCCCAUCCAAGAGCCCAUUCUGAAGGAGGCGCUCAAGGAACCAGUUGCAUUUGUGGGAGGGAUAUUUGCAGGGCUCCUGAGGCUGAACUUGAAUGAGGAGCCUCUGAAGGAAUGGGUCAGCCGAACGGUUGAAGCCUCCGGUUUAACUCUGGAGGAAAUUAGUAAAAGCCCAGAUGCUGAUGAAGAAGAUGUGCCGCAACAAAUAGAGAUAGAAUGAUAUAACAUAUUGUGGCAUGAAAUGCAAGCAGGGUGAAUUAUAUGAAAGUUGUAUUCUACUCUACUAGUGAGAAUCCUAUUGCACGCCGAUUUCAUACCUUAGAACAUUUUUUAAAACUUUAUUUUAACAAUAUAUUAGUCCGUUGACCCGUUUAUAUUAAUA